GCUGCGGCGAAUAAUAUCAUAGUGCGACGGACACGAUUUCCAGGCGGACGCUCGCGCAGCACUUGCAUCUCCGAGAUUCUCCCAAGAAUACAACGCGAACGACACAGAUUCUCAAGACCUGCAGAAAGUGUAUUUAUAGUGGAGGGAGAGCUCUAAAAAUUGAUGCCCGCAUGAAAACAAGCUCACAGUUUCCGCAUUUUAUCCAAAUAGUUGGUAGCGCGUUUGUUCAGUGAACUUUGAGAAACUUUUCAAAACUUUUCAUACGCAUAAGUUCUAUAUAUAAGCAAAUAACAGAUAGUGGUAAAAUUUGAUUAGAAAAUAAGAGCACGCAGGAUUACAUACUUCAGUGCGUGCAAAAUGUGUUGUGUAAAUGGACUGUUGACUCCAAGAUGAACUCAAGGGAUGGCAGCGGCCUCCCUUCUUCUGCUGGUGGCGGCCUUGGCCGUAGCGGCCCCAGAUUGGACGGAUUGCCCGACGUCUUGCCGCUGCAAAUGGACGUCGGGCAAGAAGACGGCGCUCUGCAAGGAUGGAGCGUUCACCAGGCUUCCGGACUCCUUGGAUUCCGAAAUGCAGGUACUGGAUCUAUCUGGCAAUUCCAUAUCAAGGCUUGGUAAAGAUGCCUUCAAGAGUGCAGGCUUGAUAAAUCUACAAAGGAUAUUCAUGAGAGGAACUCGUUUGCGGCAAGUUCACAAAGAUGCGUUCAGAGAUCUCAUAAUUCUCAUAGAGGUUGACUUGUCUGAAAACGAAAUCUCCAGUUUGGACCCGGAGACAUUCAACGGGAACGAGAGACUUAGAGUUUUAAAUUUGAGCGGAAAUCCGUUGCGACAGCUUGUUCAGGCUCAGUUCCCUUCGUUGCCUCAUCUUCGGUCUCUCGAGUUCAAUGGUUGUCAAUUGGAGAGCGUUCAUCGGGACGCGUUCAUUCAUUUAGCCGCCCUCGAAUCGCUCAACCUUAAAUCAAAUCUUUUGCGAAACCUGUCCGAGGCGGCUUUUAUGAACUUCGCCCAUCUCAAAUCGCUGGCACUCGAUGGGAACCCUUGGCAGUGCGAUUGCGAAUUAAGAGGCUUUCGUGAUUGGUUCUUGUCAAGUAAUUUACAAUCAAUUUCGCUGAGUUGCUCGGGACCCGAAGAGCUGAAGGAUCGUCUGUGGAAGGACGUAGCGCGUGAGGAGUUUGCCUGUCCUCCACAAGUAUUUCUUGUCCCAUACCCUCAAGUACAGGCUGAAGCAGGUGGCAAUGUUAGCUUUGGAUGUCAUGUUAUCGGAGAUCCUGAACCGAAAGUAACCUGGAUGUACGAAGGCAGACCCAUCAAUCACACCUGGCUGAUAUUGGAAGCCGAAGAGGGACUGUUGGACAAGUGGGUCAAUAUUAGUGUUUUUAAUGUGAGUGAUGCGGAUGCGGGGAUAUACUCUUGCAUUGCUAAGAACUCAUUGGCGGUGGUUAGUUCGAACGUGAGUCUAGUGCUACCGGAAGUGGUAACCGCGACGACAUUAAGUAAAUCUGAUCCGGGUCUAGUGUGGUGGGCUUCCCUGGUCGUCGGAGUGGCGGUGUCAUGUUCUGCGGUCUGUACAAUAGUGGCGGUAUGCUGUGUAAAAUCGCGAAACAAUCGCCGCAGGCAGAAUAUGAAGGCCAGCGUAAGCUUCACGGACCAAGAAAAGAAGCUGCUGGAUGUCAGUAUUGCGACGACGACGGACAGAGGAACCGGAAGCUGCGAGGCUUUAGGUGCUGAGAUGGAGCUGCUCGAGCCGCCCGUUCAUAUCACCAUCGAGAGCGAGCCACUUCCAUUGGCGGUGUUUCCGCCGCCACCGGAGUUUUCCACGAGCACUCUCCCAGCGGGCGCCUUCGGGAACAUCUUCAUCUCAGUAUCUGUGAGUCGAGACCCCACACUAGAUACGUCCAGGUGUCCUGACCUGUUGGACUUAUCCCACAGAGCCAAGCCGGUCUAUCACGGGAUGGCUACCCUACCACGUCGGCCCUGCGCUGUACCUCAGUAUGACAAUAUGGGCCCACGCGUCACGGCUGGUGGUAGUUCAACUCUUUCUCUUCCGGAUUCUACGGCUGAGCUUCCUCCACCACCUCCGCCCCCCAGCUGCGCCCCGCUAACCCCAGAAUUUGUCUCUCUCUAACCAACCCCCCUGUGGUUCAUCUUCAAUUAGUGCCUUUGCUCAUAUAAAUAUUCAUUUACCACUACUAUAAAUGUUUUUUUUUUCUCUCCAAUCUCGAUCCUAUUUUGUAUAAUGUUUGUGUGUAAAUAUUCCACCUAUUAUUACUGAUUUAUGUAUAAAAAAAAAAUGCAACAACU